AUGCCGAUCCGAAGCGACUGGAUGCUCCAACGUGAAGGCAUCACGAUCGACACGAUUGGUCGCUUGAUUGGGAGAACUCUUCUUAACCCCGCGGUCACGCUCCCGCUCCUUCUCGCGGCGAAAUACACAGUCAAAGGCCAAACUCUCGCUGGAGAACAUGGACGCGCCUUGACGAACCUCAAGACGCUGUUGUGCUUUGGACUAGCUCGAUAUGUCUCCAAGUUCCUUGACAGCGCUGUGACGAACAAUUGGACCAACGAUCAGUAUGAUUGGAAUAAAGAGAUUGUGGUGGUGACGGGAGGGUCUGAUGGGAUUGGAGCUAUCGUAGUGAAGCUUCUCGCAGAGAGAGGUAUCAAGGUCGCGGUUUUGGAUGUCCAGCCAUUGAAGUAUGAAGCCCCCCCAACCGUCCACUUCUUCCAAUGCGACCUCUCCUCAUCCUCAUCCAUCGCCUCGACCGCAACAUCCGUCCGUUCCACCCUCGGCGACCCCACAGUUCUCAUCAACAACGCUGGCUGCGCGCGGGGCAAAACCAUCCUCUCCACGACCGAAAAAGACCUCCACCUCACCUUCAACGUCAAUACCCUGUCCCACUACUUCCUCGCGCAAGCCUUCCUCCCCGCCAUGAUCGCCGCCAACCACGGCCUCGUCCUCACCGUCGCCAGCACGGCCGCCUACCUCACAGCGCCGCAGAUGGUGGACUACGCCGCCUCGAAAGCCGCGGCCCUUGCGUUCCACGAGGGGCUGUCGGCCGAGCUUGCGACAGUGUAUAACGCGAAGAAGGUGCGAACGGUGGUGAUGUGCCAGGGGUAUACGCGGACGCCGCUCUUCAAGGGGUUCGAUGAUAGUGAUAGGCGGGGCGUAGCCUAUGCGCUGGAGCCGGAGACGGUGGCGGAGGAGAUCGUGAAGGCGGUGUUAAGGGGAAGGAGCGCGCAUUUGAUGCUGCCGGCAGCGAGCUGGUGGGUUGUGCAGCCGCAUCGGGGGUGGCCGCUUUGGAUGCAGUAUGGGCUUAGGAAGAGGCUGGUGAAGCUGAUGAAGGGGUGGGAUGGGAGGCAGGUUGUGCAGCCGAGUGAGGGGAAGAUUGAUGAGAGUGGGGUGUUGGUUGAGUAA